CUCAGUCUCUAAGCUAGCACCACUCUCCAGCAGCUACAUCAUCAUCUCCCAUUUAAACAUGUGUACUCCUACUAGAUAACCAGUUCAACCAGCAGGUCGAGUAAAACCAGGCAGAUAACUCCACCGCGGGUAACUAAGUUCACAUUCACAUCAGUGGAUAGCUGGUUGAUUCAGCAGAGCUAGCUGUGUUGCUAGCUAGCGCUAGUUAGCCUGGUUAACCAGCCUGUUGGCGUGUUGAGGCAACAAGAGGCGACGUUAACGAUUCAUACCAGCAGCAACAUCACAGACUAAGCAUGGCGCUGAAGUCUGGAGAGGAGCGUCUGAAAGAGAUGGAGGCUGAGAUGGCUCUUUUUGAGCAGGAGGUUCUUGGCGGUCCAGUACCAGCACCAGGAAGCCCACCUGCUAACGAUGCAGUACCUGUAGCUCUUUCUGUCCCAGCGCUUCCAGUAGUGCGUGCCAUUAUAGGCACCAACACCUACAGACAGGUCCAGCAGACAUUAGACGCCAGAGCUGCCAGUUUUGUUGGUCCUCCACCUCCCAUCUUUGCGGGACCAGUCCCUCCAGUACGUCCUCCCAUGCUGAGACCAGCCUUUGUCCCCCAUAUCCUGCAGAGACCUGUUGGUCAGAGGAUGCCGAUGAUGCGUGGUCCUCCGAUGGCUCCUCCUCUGCCUCGGCCGCCUCCACCUCCUCCCAUGAUGCUCCCUCCUUCCAUGCAGGGCCAGACACCUCAGGGUCCCUCUCAGCCCAUCCAACACAUGGCUUCUGCACCUCAGAUGGUGCGUCUCACUCAGGUCCGUGAUAUGGUCUCCAUGGGGUCAGGACCGCCCAUAAGACAGGGACCCCCGCCUCCCAUCAAACCGACGCCGUCAGUCAUCCAGGCAGCACCGACCGUGUACUCCGCUCCUCCUGCCUCUUCUGGACAUAAAAGAAUUGAUGUUCGAGCUCAGAGACAAGCCAGAAUGGAGGAGCUGGCAGCGCGGGUUGCAGAGCAGCAGGCAGCCGUGAUGGCAGCAGGUCUACUGGCCAAGAAGGAGAGUGAAGACAGCGGCGCCGUCAUUGGACCCAACAUGCCUGAGCCUGAGCCCCCCCACACUGAGCCAGUGGAAAGUGCUUCAGACGACAAAAAGAAAGGGAGGGUGGAGAAGGUGAAGAAGUGUAUCCGUACUGCAGCGGGGACCAGCUGGGAGGACGCCAGUCUGUUGGAGUGGGAUGGAGAUGAUUUCCGUAUAUUCUGUGGUGAUCUUGGUAAUGAGGUGAAUGACGACAUACUGGCCAGAGCCUUCAGCAGAUAUCCGUCGUUCCUCAAAGCUAAGGUGGUGAGAGACAAACGUACAGGGAAGACAAAAGGCUACGGCUUCGUCAGCUUCAAAGAUCCAAAUGACUACGUCCGAGCCAUGAGAGAGAUGAACGGGAAGUAUGUUGGCAGUCGUCCCAUCAAACUAAGGAAGAGCAUGUGGAAGGACCGCAACAUGGAAGUAGUACGCAAGAAACAGAAAGAGAAGAAGAAGCUGGGACUCAGAUAGGGACGAAUGGUCGACGGACAACAUCAUCAUCAUCAUGCGAGAGUAUUUUUGAUCUCUCCAAUCAGGAGAUGUACUGAGAUUGUAUAGGUGUUAACUCUUCCUCUUUGUUCUUUAAAUAAAGCAUAAUUUCUUACUUGUU